CGGCCGCCAACCAUUUCAUUGUUCGGCAUCACUGAUGCAAGGUCAAGCACGGGUCUUGCGAAAGCAAACGAAAGGGCCUGCGGGUUUAGUUAUUCGAUUGUGUUUGUGUGUCUAAUCAAAUUGAACUUGAAUCGAAUAGGGUUACUCAUUCACAAGGCUGUGGUUGUUGAAUUGAAGCAACAACAAUGGCCGUUGGUGUCCUCGCUUUACAGGGAUCUUUCAACGAACACAUCGCAGUGCUUAGAAGACUGGGUGUGAAGGGUGUGGAGAUAAGGAAGCCAGAACAGCUCCAGAGCGUGACCUCUCUCAUCAUCCCUGGAGGAGAGAGCACCACCAUGGCCAAGCUUGCUGAGUAUCAUAAUCUGUUUCCUUCUUUGCGUGAGUUUGUUAAAAUGGGGAAGCCUGUUUGGGGCACCUGUGCAGGGCUUAUCUUCUUGGCAAACAAAGCUUCGGGCCAGAAAACUGGUGGGCAAGAACUAGUUGGGGGCCUUGAUUGUACUGUUCACCGGAACUUCUUUGGCAGUCAGAUUCAGAGUUUUGAGGCAGAGCUUCUAGUACCUUCUAUUGCGGCUAAAGAAGGUGGCCCUCCAACUUUUCGAGGGGUUUUUAUCAGAGCUCCUGCAAUCCUCGAAGUGGGACCUGAUGUUGAAGUGCUGGCUGAUAUUCUUGUACCAUCUAACAAAACAGUUGAUCCAAAUUCUACUCUUGAUAGCCAAGAGGAAAGUACUGGUACGGCAGAUAAAGUGAUCGUUGCUGUGAAGCAAGGAAACUUGCUAGGGACUGCCUUUCAUCCGGAAUUGACGGCAGACACACGAUGGCAUAGUUACUUUUUGAAGAUGGUUGGUGAGGUCGUAGAAGGAGCCUCAAGUAGCAGCAUUGUUGCAGUUGGAGAAGAGUUCAGCUUUUACCAACAACCCAAAAUUGAUCUUCCUAUAUUUCAAUAGUAUCAAUGGUAUAACAAAUGAGUAAAAGAACUGCUGAUUUGUCUCGUCUCGUCUCUUUUCUUUUCUUUUCUCUUUAACCCCUGUUUUAUACUUGCAUUUGUGAUGGAAGAUGUGUGAUAUAAUGUCGAGGUGAGUUUAUGUUUGUUAGGGUUUCUUUUUCUAUUAGUGGGAUAGUUUUAACGCAGAUAUCAAUUCUGCUGACCAGAUGAUGUAUAUAAUGUUGGAAGUUAAUUGUUCUCUUUUUCUUAA